GCCGAUCAUGCCUCUAGCACACCUUUAGGUAACAUUAAUAUUGCGCAGUUAAGCCUCCUCUUGCUUACCUUGCUUGUCUCUCCUUGAAUGUCCUUUUGGUUACUCCUUCUCCCUUCAUUUGCUUCAAAAUAAAUAUUCUAAUUUCUACUUCAUCCAUCCUCUCUGUCCUUUAUCUUAUCCAUCCUUGACCCCAUAUUUUGAUGGUGUCGCGAUCCAUGGAAUAUUGUCAUAGAAUUCUGCCAUCUUACCUGCAUGAUAUUUACUCUCUUGUUUAACAAAAUUAACCAUAAGGAUGCCAUCUUCUUCGAGAUCAGAUAGUUCCAAGGCUCAAAAGCUGGACAACGAGAGUUUCGUCGCCUUCGACCAUGCUGCGGCUGGACAUGAGGGCGUUCGCUGUACUCCCUCCGGCUCUUUCAUCGCGAAGCCUUGCACUCACGCGGAGGUUGCGUUCUACGAGUCCUGCGCCCUCCACCCAGCUUUCGCCGAAUUUAUUCCGACCUAUAUCGGAAGUUUGACAUCUGCAGAUGGACAACAGCAGCCGCUUGCGCUCGCCAGUGCCCAGCCGGGCGCUAUCGUUCUUCCCAGCUCCGAUUCGUCCGAAGUGUCGACCGCUGUCGCAACUCCCCAACUGAAUGGAGAAGCAAAUGCACCCGAUGCGGCUGCAACCGCAGAAAAUACUUGGGUUCCAUCGGGUGGAAAGAAGAUCGACACGGGCUUGUCAAUCGUGUUGGAGAAUGUGGCAUGUGGAUUCAAGCGACCAAACGUCUUGGAUGUCAAAUUGGGCGCAAGAUUGUGGGCGGACGAUGCGCCGCUUGCGAAGCGAACGAAGCUGGACAAUGUGUCUAAGGAGACGACUAGCUCUAGUCUGGGGUUCCGAAUUGCUGGGAUGAAAGUCUGGACUGGUGUUAAUGGGGAGAACGAUGAAGGGGGCAAGACCGACCCGUAUGCGACCAAAUAUGAGGGCUCAGAGGGCGUAAAGGGUGAGGUCAUUGAGAAGGACGGCUACAGGCGUUAUGAUAAGUGGUACGGACGUUCGUUCAGUGAUAAGAAUGUUAAGGAGGGUUUCGAGACUUUUCUUGCUGGCGCAAAGGCUGGUUCAGUUGACCGCUCGAAACUUAUCGCUAGGAGACUGGCCAAUGAACUAAUGAACCUGCAGGAGGUUCUUGAAUCCGAGGAGAGUCGGAUGUAUUCCUCGAGUGUCUUGAUCGUCUAUGAGGGCGACCCGGAGGCGAUGGAGAUUGCGCUUGAGGAGGAAAAGAAAGUCAAAGAGAACCCCAAAGAGGACUCAGAGGAGGAAGAAGAAGAAGAAGAAGACGAUGAGAGUUUUGAGCUUCAACUCCAGCAGGACGGCCCUUAUCAAGUGGUGGAUCUCCCGUUCGGGAAAGAUGGCCAACCUCAGCAGGCUAUUAAUAUCAGCAUCGAUCCGGAAACCAUUCAGCUGGGUGACUCAGAUAUCGAUGAGGAUGAGGAGGAGCCCCCGAAGGCGCAUGAUCUCCGCCUGAUUGACUUUGCGCACGCCAGCUGGACGCCCGGUCAGGGGCCGGACGAAAAUUUACUCAUGGGAGUACGCAAUCUGGCAAAAUUCCUCAAUGAGCUUGCUGCAGAGUGAAUGGACAAGAUUCUAUCUGGACCUGUAUCCAAUAGUCGCUGGCGACUGGAUAUCAUACUCAUGCAUCCGUUUACCAAUGUACCAGUGAACAACUAAGUCGUGUCCGGAUGCUAUUUUUCUAUGUUAAAGAUAGAUCCUAGAGUAGUAAAUAGAAUAAAGCACCACCUUUC